AGCGAGGCACGCUCGCUAUCAUGUGUUUCCUGUAGCGACUCGGCACGAGAAUGUGUGUAAACACCAACUUCAGUUGCAUCAGAAAAAAACAAUAACAAUAUUUAGUAUACACUAUUAUAUAUAACCGCUUGAAAAUGCUACUGUUUUGUCCAACUUGUGGGAAUGUGUUAAUCGUGGAAGAGGGACAGAGAUGCUUCAGGUUCGCGUGUAACACAUGUCCAUAUGUGCACAACAUCACGAGGAAGGUAAAUAACAGAAAGUACCCCAAACUGAAGGAGGUUGAUGAUGUUCUCGGGGGCUCUGCUGCUUGGGAAAACGUGGAUUCCACUCCAGAACCUUGUCCAAAAUGUGAGCACCCAAGAGCCUACUUUAUGCAGAUUCAAACUAGGUCUGCUGAUGAACCGAUGACAACCUUCUACAAGUGCUGCAAUCCACAAUGUGGGCAUCGCUGGAGAGAUUAAAUCACAGACCUCGGAUCUGGACUUUGUUUGAGGCUCAGAAUAUGUGCUCAUAAUAUAAUAUUCAGUUUUCAUUAUAGAAGAUUUUAUAUUGAUAUGUUGGAGCCAAAACUGUCAUAAUUUAUUUGGUUUAAAAAAAAAAAAAACACUUUAUGCAACUUUAAUUUUCAUUAUUACAGAUCGUAUAUGUAUAUUAUACCAGCAACUAGCACCGUUGACCAGAUGACUGAUUUUUUUUGUGUGUGUGUGUGUGCAUGUGCAAAUAAUAAAAUGACCGCUCGUAUGAGA